AUGACAAAAGCCGGGCAGCUGGCGCCGUGGGAGAGCGCCGUUGCAGGCGCAACUGGCGCAGUCCUUGCAAAUGCGCUGGUCUAUCCGCUGGACAUUGUCAAGACAAGACUACAAGUCCAGAUAAAGAAGAAAGGCCAUGUACACCAGCACACGGCCGAGCACCAUCACUACGAGUCGACUUGGGACGCCAUCAAAAAGAUCGUCGAGCAUGACGGCGUCGUCGGCCUAUACUCGGGCCUCAAUGGUGCUUUGAUCGGUGUUGCCUCGACGAAUUUCGCCUACUUCUACUGGUACUCAGUAGUGCGGACGCUAUACACACAGUAUCGAACAGUUCCCGGAGGCCAUCCUGGCACAGCUGCCGAGUUGUCCCUGGGUGCUGUCGCGGGAGCUAUUGCUCAGAUCUUCACAAUCCCCGUGGCAGUCAUCACCACGCGGCAGCAGACACAACCAAGGGGUCACAAGAAGGGCCUGUGGGAGACGGGAAAGGAGGUCGUUCACAGUGAGGAUGGUUGGACUGGCCUCUGGAGGGGUCUCAAGGCCUCGCUCGUGCUUUGCGUCAACCCCGCAAUCACAUACGGCGCUUAUCAGCGUCUGAAGGACAUUAUGUUCCCAGGUCGGGAGAGACUCCACCCAUGGGAGGCUUUUGUCCUGGGAGCCAUCUCCAAGUCGAUCGCAACGAUCUGCACCCAGCCCUUGAUUGUGGCCAAAGUUGGCCUCCAAUCCCGACCUCCGCCAGCCCGCGAAGGCAAACAUUUCAAGACCUUCACCGAAGUGAUGGCAUAUAUCAUCGAACACGAAGGGCCGGUCGCGCUUUUCAAGGGGAUUGGUCCUCAACUCAUGAAGGGCCUCAUGGUGCAAGGUAUCCUCAUGAUGACCAAGGAAAGAGUGGAAAUACUCUUCCUAUUACUCUUCUCCUACAUCCGGAUUAUGCGGCAGAAGAAGCUCAAAGAGGCUGCCGCCAAACUCAAGAGCCGAGCCAUGCCGGCCGCAGAGAGCGUCUUGGAAAAGGCGAAGGCGAGUGUGCCUGUUACUUUGAAGUAG